GGCAAGUUAGCAAGUGAAUGUGGAAUACUGGAAAAGACCCGACUCUCUAUUUUGUCGAAGUUGAUGGGAUGAGCCCUAAUUUUCACUGGUGAUCCAGCGCCAAGUCACCUGCGGCCAACCCCAGCGGAAAAACCCCUCUUGCUUGGCGAGCUUCCUAGUGUCGAGUCGCUACCACUGUGCCUCUCCGAUUCUCACUCAGGACCUCCACUCCAUUUUUGCUCUGAUAGUCAGAGAAUCAUGGCCUCCAAAGCUGAAGGCGAUAGGAAGGAACCAAUAAAUGAACAGGCAGUUGUGAAUGCAUACACUGCUAUGCGGUCUGAACUGAAUCAAAUUUACUCAAAGAUCACUGAGCUUGAGAUGGAAGUGAGUGAGCACUCAUUGGUCAUUAAUGCUAUCCAACCACUUGACCCAUCCAGACGGUGCUACCGAAUGAUUGGAGGUGUGCUGGUUGAGAGAACUAUCAAAGAGGUCCUGCCUGCUGUCCAGCGCAAUAAAGAGGGGAUUGAGGAGGUAAUUGCAAGGCUUAAUGAGGCCUUGGAAAAGAAGAAAAAGGAAAUUGCUGAAUUUGAAACUAAAUACAAGAUCAAGAUAAGGAAGCCUGAAAAUGAGGUGCAGGAUGAUGGUGGCAAGAAGGAAGGUUCUUCUCAAGGAGUACUCGUGGGUCCUGCAAGUUCAAAUGAAUGAAUUCAUAAAGUUCAAGGUUCUUCUCAAGGAGUUAUUGUAAUUUUUUUAUCCCCUUCUAUGUUUUCUUGGACAAGUUUGAUAAAGUUGUACUUUUUGUUGUGGUGCACCAGUUGUUGGAUGUGAACUUUGUUGAUCAUGAUUGUAGACUAGCUGAUAUUGCUGAACCA